GCGGCCGCCGCGGACGGGGACAUGGCACUCGGGCUCGCCGCCGACGCCCCGCGUCAUGGCCGCGGCAGCGCUCGCCGCCGCGCCGCCGCCGCGCUGGGUCGCGAGGCUGCCGUGGCCGCGGCGCCCCGGCUGCGGGGCGUGCGGCCCGCGGGCGGCGGUGCGCCAGGGCGGCGGCGCGCGCUGCUGCGCGGCGCUGUCGGCGCUGCCCGCGCGGCCGCCACGGCCCGGGGAGCGGCCACGGCGGCCCGCGCCCGACGCGCCGGAGGGCGCCGGCCGCGCCGCAGGCGCUCCGUCCGCGGACGCCCUGGCGAGGCGCCUGGUCGACGACCUGCAGCGGACGCUGGACCGCUCGCGCGAGGGCUCCUGGACGACGGCCUCGUGCUCGGAGGCGCAGCUGUCCGACCUCGCCGCGAGGGCGCGCGGGGUCAUGGGCUCUGCCAGCGUCGGCCUCGUCGUGCAGGUGUUCUACCACCUGGCCAAGGCUGCGCACGGAGCAGGCCACGAGCUAGACGAGGGCCUCAUGCUCGACUAUGCGUCCUACGUCCAGAGGGAGGCGCUCGCAGGGCCGGAGACACGCCUGCUGUCUGUCCUGAGGACCCUGCUGGCGGUUCGCAACAAGAACAAGGUCGCGCAGGCAGAAGGGACGGGCUCCCACGCUCGCAUGGAGGAGGUGGCUCACGCGCUGCUGUCAGCAGCGCUCCCGCGCUUCUGCGCCCGCCACCGCCACCUUCACCUGAAGGACCUGACGGUCAUGCUCUCCACCUACGCCAAGAUGUAUCGGCCCGCUUACCGGCGGCUCUUCGAAGCGGUCGCGGAGGACGCUGUCCAGCGAGCUCGGCACACACGCAAUCGUUCGACGGAGGAGCACUCCGUGUGGUUCUUGGAACAUGGCCCCUUCGUGCUCGUGUCGUUUGCACAGGCCCGAGUCCGCGAUGAUGCCGUGUUUGAGGCAUACUUGCAGGAGCUCGAGCCCAGGCUGUGCGGGCUUACCUACGAGAGCGUGGCGAUAGUGGCCUAUGCCGUUGCCCGUGUCGGCUACCCCUGCCCGAGCUUGUGGCGGAGGGUGGCCAGCGAGCUCCGCGCGUGUGGGCGUCGCUGGCCAGCGCGCUCGGUGUCGCAUCUGUUGCACGCCUGCCAGAUGGCGCUGGCAGAUUCCGCUGCCGCCUGGGAGCCAGGCUGCAGCGCCAGCGGUGGCCCCCUUGAGCUGCUGGGAGCAGCAGAGGAGGUCAUGCUGUCGCGGAGCGGUGAGCUGACCUUCCACGAGGCAGCAGACAUAUUCCUGGCGCUGGCGUGCCUGCCGGCGGAGGCUGCCAGGGGUGGCGAGCGAGAGGCGCUGCUGCUGCGCGCGUGCUGGGUGACGCGGCAGUCGUGCUCGGAGUUCCCGCCGCAGUAUCUCGCCAGCGCGCUGCACGCGCUCGCAGCGCUGCACCUGUGCGAGGCCGGCGGCAGCGGCGCCGCAGAGGCGCUGUGCGCGCUCGCGGGCGGCCUCCGAGGCCGGCUGGCGGUGUGCCUGCCUAGGGAGCUGGGGCUCGUCUGCGACGCCCUCGCCGCCCUGGCCAAGGGCGCAGAGGGGCGGCUGGUCGGCGACCUGGGCGCCGCGAGGCUGCUGCUGGCGCUGCAGCGGGAGGCCGUGCGCAGGGCCAGCGAGUUCGACGCUCGCGCUCUGGCGCGGCUCGUGCUCGGGGUGGCCGAGGCGGCCGCGGCGCUGGGCGGCGCCUCCGGCCAGCCGCUGCCCCUGCGCGCCUGGUUCCUGCCGGAGCUGAUGGAGUUCGCGGAGCGGCGCGGCAGCGGCAGCGCCGGCGAGGAGGAUUGGCGGCAGUUGGUGCUUGUGUGCGAGGAGCUCGCUGCCGCGGGAGCGAGCGCUGUUCCUGCGAGCUCCGCGUUGCUGGCCGCGGCCGCCGCGGAGCUUCGCGGGCGUGUGGCUGCGCCAGCAAGCCAGGGGGCGGGCUCGGGCGCAUCGGUGCUCCGCGUCUACGGGGGCCUGCCCGCGCCGGUCCCCCUCGAGCACGAGCUCGGGCGCGGCGUGCGCGACGAGGAUCCUGGAGAUUGA